AUGGUCAGCACCUGUUAUGGCUCCAUCUGCUCUGACCAUGGCAGUGGCCAAGGCUAUUGUCAAACUGCCUGCUAUAGGACCACCUGCUGCUGCCCCAGCUGCUGUGGUUCCAGCAAUUGUGGUUCCAGCUGUUUCCACCCCUGCUGCUAUGGCUCCAGCUGCUGCCUCCUCCCCGUCUGCAAGGUCUCCUGCCACACCACUUGCUAUCACCCCACCUGUAUCAUCUCCACCUGCCCCCAUCCCAUGUGCUGCACCUCUUCUUGCUGCUGAGUCCCCUGCUGCUGCCAGGAGACCUGCUGCCGCCCCAGCUGCUGCCAGACCACCUGCUGCAGGACCACCUGCUGCCGCCCUAGCUGCUGUGUGUCCAGCUGCUGCCGCCCCAGCUGCUGUGGUUCCAGCUGCUGCCGCCCUAGCUGCUGCAUCUCCAGCUGCUGCCGCCCCAGCUGCUGCUGUAGGCCCAGCUGCUGCAUCUCUAGCUGCUGCCGCCCCUCCUGCUGUGGUUCCAGCUGCUGUGGCUCCAGCUGCUGCCGCCCCUGCUGCUGCCCCUCCUGCUGCCUCCGCCCAGUCUGUGGCCGGGUCUGCUGCCAGAGCACUUGCUAUCGCCCCACCUGUGUCAUCUCCACCUGC